AUGGGUAACAAAAAAAAUAAAAGGAAGCGUGCGAGACUCCGUCAUCUCGAGACUGUGAGGGCCAAUGGAAGGAGAACUGCUGCACUACGUUGGUCGAGUCACAAUAAAGAAAAUAACGAAGCCAUAUUUAUUUCUUCAAAAAUAUCAGAUGAACACACUGAAAAAAAUAGGUCGCCGUCGUUGAUGCAGAUGCGUACACUUUCACCGACAUCAUGCGAAAGUUCAUAUAUUGGGAACUGUAUGGAUGAAAAUAGGUCGCCUUUGGUGCAGCUGCAUACAGUAUCGCCGAUAACGAUACCGAGCAACGAUAAAUCAUUGAUAAUAGAAGAAGAAUGUGAAGAUUCUAUGAGUGAAACCCAUAAGGACGAUCCAAAUCCCACAAACAAUGUUAAUAUCAAUACCGCUGUAUGCUCGGGCAUAGUUGCUGCAGGUAUAGGAUAUUCCCAGUUAGAAGAAAUAUGUAGUGCUAUUGAUGUACCAAUAUUUACAGAAAAAUAUUUCGCAAAAGUCCAAAGUAAAGUCUUUGAUGACUGGGAAGCCACCGCUAUAGAAGCUAUGGAAGCAGCAGCGAACCAAGAGCGAAAGGUCGCUAUUGCAGAGGGUCGAGUAAAGGAUGGCAAACCAGUUAUUGACGUUUAUGUUGACGGUGCUUGGUGUACUCGCUCCUAUGGAAACAACUAUAGGGCUCUAUCAGGAGUUGCUGCAAUAGUUGGAAGAAGAUCCGGUGAGGUUCUCUUUAUCGGCGUAAAAAACAAAUAUUGCUUAAUAUGCGCAAGAGCUGAAAAAAAGGAAGAAACUCCAAAAGAACAUCUCGGCAGCGAUAGCGCGCGAAGUAAAUAUUUCGCGCGCUUGCAAGCGGGCAGCCCCGCACCUGCUCCUCUCAAGCCCCGCACCUCACCCCCUCGAAAACAGCCAAGCCCUGAACUCACGUCACCUUAA